GUUUGAAUGAAUUGUCGGACAAUCGCUGUCUUAUCGACACAACAAUUGUCACCACAUUUGGGAUCAGAUGACGACCUCCGAGGCUAAAGAGUACAAACUGUCGGCCGAUUGUGAGCUGAGGUUUGAAGUGGAAGACGAGACAGUGAUCUGUGAACUGAAGUCAGGUUUGGCCGAAAUGUUUGGCACAGAACUGAUGAGAGCACAUAAAUACCACUUCAGAAGCGGAUCCAAAGUAGCGAUCUUCACAUACCACGGAUGUGUUGUCGAACUGACCGGACGUCCGGAAGUGGACUACAUAUCCCGCGAGACUCCGAUGACUUUCUACGUGAAUCUGAGCGCCGCUUUGGAAGCGCUGCGAACGAAGGCUCAGGAGGAGGACAGGUGUGGCCCCACUCUGAUGGUCGUCGGCCCCUCCGACUGCGGGAAGUCUACGUUGUGUCGCAUUCUUCUCAAUUAUGCCGUACGGAUGGGUCGACAGCCCCUGUUCGUGGACCUGGACUGCGGACAGGGAUGUGUUAGUAUCGCCGGCACAUUGGGUGCCGUGACUGUCGAGAGGCCGGCAGACAUCGAAGACGGCUAUUCACUGGUGGCGCCCAUCGCCUACCACUUCGGCCACACCUCACCCGACGGUAAUAUAACGCUCUAUAAUAUACUAAUGAAGUGUUUGUCGAAAUCGGUUGAAAUGAAAAUGCAAACCGAAAAGAGGAGCAAAUACUCGGGAGUUAUUAUCAACACUUGUGGUUGGGUUAAGUCACACGGCUAUCAGGCCAUCAUUCGCGCCGCACAGGACUUCAAUGUCGAUAUCAUCACAGUCUUGGAUCAGGAGAGACUCUACAAUGAGUUGGUUAGGGAUGUGAACAGCUCUGUGAAGGUUAUUUUUACGCCCAAAAGCGGUGGAGUCGUCGAAAGGGUUCGGAAGUACCGCAUAGAGGCCAGGGAUGCGAAAGUUCGCUGGUAUUUCUACGGCACCGCCAAAUCAGGACUCUAUCCCUAUUCGUUUGAAGUACCGUUCAGUCAGUUGCGAGUCUAUAAGAUCGGAGCCCCCAAUCUUCCCGACUCUUGUAUGCCUAUAGGCAUGAAGACUGAGGACAACCUCACGAAACUGGUGUCCGUCUCUCCCACCGCUCAGACACUACUCAACCACAUCCUCGCCGUCUCGACGGCCACUUCCGUCGAAGACAAUCUCAAAGUCAUUGAAUCCAAUUUGUUUGGUUUCGUUUGCGUUACUAAUGUUGAUAUCGAGCGACAAGUGGUGACCCUUUUGGCGCCACAACAACGACCUCUUCCACCGAAUUGUAUUCUACUCUUAUCUGACAUUCAAUUCAUGGAUUCCCAUUGAGAU